AUGCUUUAUCUCCUAGUUCAGGUUAAUGAAGGUGUUAAAUGUGUUAUUUCUGAGUGUAUAAUGAGUAUAGAACCCAUGAGCAAUCAAUUUUUUGAUCUUUUUGAUGCAAUUACAUUAGGACAAUAUGAUGAUAGGGAGGUUAAAGUUUUAGUUAGACAAGAAAAGUCUGAAGGCUGGCAAGAAGUAGAUAAUGGGUUAAACGGUGAUUUAAAAAUGUUAGAGGUUUUAGGGUUUAUGCAAGUUAAAUUUUGUCUUGUGCCUAAUACAAAUUUAGAUGUAUCAGAUUCAACUUCAAAUAGUCAAGAUGCUUUUAGUAUUUUGAUGGCAAAUUCAAGACAGCUUUUACUUCCUCGACGUUGUAGUGAGCACAAUAACUAUAACCAACUUUACAAUGAAAUUAUUGAGCUUUUUCAAGCUCAAAAAGUUGGUUGGAUAAAUGAUUUACAUAAAACAAUUAAAAAAAUAUUUGUAACCUGUCUUGCAAGUACUCUCUGGUAUAUUGAUCCAUAUCUUACAACACUACGUGCACGUUCAUGCCACCUACCAGAUUUUUUUGAACAGUUGAAAACGUAUCAGGAGGGUAAAUUAUAUAAUGAAUAUUAUCAUACCAGUCAUCAUAAGAAGAAUCCACUGUCUCAACAAAAACUCACACAUCUUUCGAGUUCUCUUGAAAUUUCUAUUAGCCAACUAUGGGCAAGUAACAAUAUAUGGAAUCGAGUAAUACCCGUGGUUCUCUCUUUAAUUGAAAUUUUGAAAAAAUACUCAGACUAUUUAAAUUCAACUACUGUUAGUAUGAAUGAGCUCCAUCAUAGCAAUGAAAGUGCUCGCAGUCCUGAAAAUAAUAGUACUAUGUACCAAGUUAUGGCUUGUGAAUAUAAUAAACUUAAAGAUCAAUAUGUUCAAUUAAAUAAUUUUUUAUUUACAAAACUGUUUUAUGAACAUGUCGAUAUUCAACACUAUCUUCCCAACGAUGCUAUAGACCGGUAUCGAUUUAUGAAAGUGUUGCAGCUUACAUUUCUUCAAGAAGUUAAUGAAGGUGUUAAAUGUGUUAUUUCUGAGUGUAUAAUGAGUAUAGAACCCAUGAGCAAUCAAUUUUUUGAUCUUUUUGAUGCAAUUACAUUAGGACAAUAUGAUGAUAGGGAGGUUAAAGUUUUAGUUAGACAAGAAAAGUCUGAAGGCUGGCAAGAAGUAGAUAAUGGGUUAAACGGUGAUUUAAAAAUGUUAGAGGUUUUAGGGUUUAUGCAAGUUAAAUUUUGUCUUGUGCCUAAUACAAAUUUAGAUGUAUCAGAUUCAACUUCAAAUAGUCAAGAUGCUUUUAGUAUUUUGAUGGCAAAUUCAAGACAGCUUUUACUUCCUCGACGUUGUAGUGAGCACAAUAACUAUAACCAACUUUACAAUGAAAUUAUUGAGCUUUUUCAAGCUCAAAAAGUUGGUUGGAUAAAUGAUUUACAUAAAACAAUUAAAAAAAUAUUUGUAACCUGUCUUGCAAGUACUCUCUGGUAUAUUGAUCCAUAUCUUACAACACUACGUGCACGUUCAUGCCACCUACCAGAUUUUUUUGAACAGUUGAAAACGUAUCAGGAGGGUAAAUUAUAUAAUGAAUAUUAUCAUACCAGUCAUCAUAAGAAGAAUCCACUGUCUCAACAAAAACUCACACAUCUUUCGAGUUCUCUUGAAAUUUCUAUUAGCCAACUAUGGGCAAGUAACAAUAUAUGGAAUCGAGUAAUACCCGUGGUUCUCUCUUUAAUUGAAAUUUUGAAAAAAUACUCAGACUAUUUAAAUUCAACUACUGUUAGUAUGAAUGAGCUCCAUCAUAGCAAUGAAAGUGCUCGCAGUCCUGAAAAUAAUAGUACUAUGUACCAAGUUAUGGCUUGUGAAUAUAAUAAACUUAAAGAUCAAUAUGUUCAAUUAAAUAAUUUUUUAUUUACAAAACCAUUUUAUGAACAUGUCAAUAUUCAACACUAUCUUCCCAAUGAUGCAUAG